AUGUUCCAAAACACGCUGCACCUGAUGAACCAGAAGAUGCUGAAGAGCUUCAAUAACAACACGAGCCCGUUCUCGAUGGAAAACCUGCUCUCGAACGGGAAAAUCUCGCCGGAAAAUCUGGAAAUUAACAUCUCGGAUAAGCAGGACGAAGCCGAACAGAACCUCAAGUUUGGGCACGAGCUGAAGAGCUCGCUGAGUCCUGCUGAAACUACGAGGAGCGAAGGUGAAAGCGAUAGGUUGACACCUACGGAAAAAAAUGACGUUUUUCUCAGGUUUAACAGCUGCUUGAAGAAUCGGAUUUGUUCGAACUGUGGCCGGUUGGAGUGUAAUUUUUUGCAGUGUAGAAUUAGCAGUGAUAUUAAGGAUACUAAGCCGGUUCUAAAGUUUAGUGUUAGUGCAAUAUUGGGCGAUGAGCACCACCAGCAGCAGAGGAAUAGUCAACAAAACGAGAAUCUCCUGCACGUGGCUCCGCCUAGCCUGCUUGGACUGUCCUACCUCAGCAACCACUCGUCCUCGAUAGCCAAGCCGGUGGCGAGUAGGCCGCAUUUCAAUCCGCAUCUGCUGUUGGCUCAUUGUAGGCCGCAGCCUUAUUUGACAGUAACGACGCCAGUUUCUGGCACCCAAUCCGCCGUCUUUCCCCUCCCCGGCACGUUCCCAUGGGCGCACAGCGGCCGGGGAAAACCCCGCCGGGGCAUGAUGCGGAGGGCCGUCUUCAGCGACCUCCAGCGGAAGGGCCUGGAGAGGAGAUUUCAAAUCCAGAAAUAUAUCAGCAAGCCGGACAGGAAGAAGCUCGCCGAAAAACUGGGCCUUAAAGAUAGUCAAGUUAAAAUCUGGUUCCAAAACCGCCGAAUGAAAUGGCGGAACUCGAAAGAGCGCGAGCUGCUCGCCGCCGGGGGUUCCCGCGAGCAGACGCUCCCCAACAAGAACAACCCCCAUCCGGACCUGAGCGACGCCGACGGGGACAAACCGAAGCUGGAUCUGACAGACGUACAGGAUAUCUCUCCGGUGAACUCCCCCGAGCUAGGGGAAACAGGAAGCGGAGGCCACUGCCACCCCGUGCAGAACUACCAGAUCUACGACGGGGUGGAUUACGACAGUUCGAACGACAGUGACGAGGAGAUCAACGUUACAUGA